CACUGAUUGGCUGUAUCGCGAGGAGUAGUGUGAAUUCUGCUCGCUGGUUGGCUGAGUUGUUGGGAUCACUGUGCGCAGCUCAUCGGGCAUUUUGUAACCGUGUGCAAACCGCGUGUGGCGCAGCCAGAGAUCCGGAGAUAAACAGGCAGAACUCAUCUGACAACAUGAGCAGCAACGAGUGCUUCAAGUGCGGGCGUUCGGGUCACUGGGCCCGGGAGUGCCCUACCGGAGGCGCUGGCGGCCGUGGCCGUGGCGGGAGAGGACGUGGCAGAGGAGGAUUUAAUUCUUCCAGAGGAUUCCAGUUCAUCUCCUCGUCUCUUCCUGACAUUUGUUAUCGCUGUGGCGAGUCUGGCCAUCUUGCCAAGGAUUGUGAUCUCCAAGAGGAUGCUUGCUAUAACUGCGGCCGUGGGGGCCAUAUUGCCAAGGACUGCAAGGAGCCACGGAAGGAGCGGGAGCAGUGCUGCUAUAACUGCGGGAAGCCCGGUCACUUGGCCCGGGACUGCGACCAUGCCGACGAGCAGAAGUGUUACUCCUGCGGAGAGUUUGGUCACAUCCAGAAAGACUGCACCAAAGUGAAGUGCUACCGGUGUGGUGAAACUGGCCACGUUGCCAUCAACUGCAGUAAGACCAGCGAAGUCAACUGUUACCGCUGCGGGGAGUCAGGGCACCUCGCACGGGAAUGCACGAUCGAAGCCACAGCUUAAACCUCCUUUGUCGCCCCUCCUUUUUCUGAUUGAUGGUUGUAUUAUUUUCUCUGAAUCCUCUUCACUGGCCAAAGGUUGGCAGAUAGAGCUAGUCCCAGGCCAGUGAGCUUUACUGGACGUGUAAAAAGAGGAAAGGGGUGGAAAAACGACUUUUCUGCAUUUAACUACAAAAAAAAUGUUUCUGUUUAGUUUGGUAGAGGUGUUCUGUAUAAUGCUUUGUUAAAGAUCCCCCUUUCCACGCCACUGGUGCCUCGGGAUUUGAUGAAUGGGAAGAGUUGAGUCAGACCAGUAGACCUGUACGGGUUUUUGUCGGCGCCGGCGGGAAGGCUACUGGAAAUGUCUGAUAUCCCGCUGACCUCAGCUGUUCAUAACAUCCGUUCCGUCUGCGUCGGGUCCCGUCUGCAAUACAACGCAGGGUGGCUGGACGCGGUCAGCGGGUGUCCUGACCUGUAGACCGGGCACGCGUGUCCUUAGCAGACGUUUGGCCACUGAGUUGUAUUGGAGAUACGGGUGAAGGCAAAGGCUUCAUUCCCUUUAUUUUGUUUUCAUGCAAACGACGAGUAUCAUCGGAUCGAGCAAAUGAAAAGUCUGAGCUAUUCAGGAGCUGCAGAGAAACGUUUCACAGAAAUCAAGAUGUUAUUUUUGUAUACUAUAUCAGCUAUAGAUAACCGUUUGAGUUUCAUUUGCUUGUAAUCAGUUUUUAAAGUCAGAUGGUAAAAGAAACUGAAAUCCUAGAACAUAGACGUGUAAUUUUAAACUAUCAAUAAAGCUGGAGGAGGAAGGGGA